CCUGGGUUAUUAAGGGUUCUGCUGGAUCUCUCAGCCCCCACACUGCAGCAGUCCUGGGAGAGUGUGGGAGAGAAGGGCUGACGCAGUUACACACAGACAAGCUGUAGAGGAGGAGCCUGCACCAAAUGCAGCAUCUUUCAGUAUCCAGGCAGCAGCAACAGCUAGAGGCAGUGGGGGCAGGAUCUGAAUCAAGAUCAGCACCAAAGGGCUGGAUUACUCCUCUGCCACAGCAAGGUGGACAUCAGCAGGGGCAGGAAGAGCAUCAUCUGGGUAUAAUAAGGAAAAUAACAUUUAAACAUCUCAUGUACACAAUAUCAAAUCACUAGCUAUAAAUGAAUUGUUAUUUGAUGCAACAGUCACUGCUACAUAACAGCUAACUUAUCAAACUGGUUUCAGGAGAUUCUAGUAGUCCAGACCAAAAUAAGCCAGGCAAUACCAGGGUGCAUUGGACAAUUGGAACAGCUAACUAAUCUCUUCCACAAAAACCAAAGGACCAGGCAAGGAGGGAGAGAAUUGCAGAUCCUGGAAAAACUGCAAACACAGCGACUGAACUAAAUCCAGCUUCCAGUAUAGUCCUGCAGCAGCACCACCCCCAGCAGGAUCAGCCCAGUCUAGCACAAGCUGAGCUGUUAGCAACCGCCAGAGCCAGCAGAGACUUUAUUAUCAGCAGCCACCCCCUGCAUAGAGCAUCCUUUGCAACAUCGGCACAGAUACCCUGCACAAGCUCUGCAACACCAUCACCAUUCUCAAUCCCUUGGAUACCAAAGAGCAAGUGAAGCCUGACAGCUGUCACUACUGCAGCAUUUUUAAGUAUUGAAGGAGCUGCCAGCACUUAAAUCAGCAGUAGUGGGUGCGGUGACCUGUUGGGCCUGUGGCAGGAUCAGCAUGUGGUAGACGGCUCCAUUUGCCUCCAUCUCAGUGCUUCUUUACUAUUUUUCAUAUAUAUUUUUUUUAAUAUUUGUAACCCAGUCAUUGCCAUGUAUUUCUCAGGGUGCCACCCUCUACUCAUUUGCUGAGGCUUGCCAUAGGGAACAUGGAUACUUGUAUAAUUUCUUAUAAGUGGCAGAAAAGUAACCGUGCUUUAAAUGGAGGAGGACAUUGAUACCCGUAAAAUUAACAACAGUUUUCUACGUGAUCACAGCUAUGCAACAGAAGCUGACAUUAUCUCGACAGUAGAAUUUAACAACACUGGAGAAUUGCUUGCGACAGGAGACAAGGGGGGGCGCGUUGUAAUAUUUCAACGUGAGCAGGAGAGCAAGAACCAACCUCACAGAAGAGGAGAAUACAAUGUUUACAGUACUUUCCAGAGUCAUGAGCCAGAAUUCGAUUACCUGAAAAGUUUAGAAAUCGAAGAGAAGAUAAAUAAGAUAAGAUGGCUUCCACAACACAACGCUGCUUAUUUUCUUCUGUCUACAAAUGACAAAACAGUGAAGCUAUGGAAAGUCAGCGAGAGAGACAAGAGACCAGAAGGAUAUAACCUGAAAGACGAGGAAGGGCGGCUGCGUGACCCAUGCACAAUAACUACAUUAAGAGUACCGGUGUUGAGACCUAUGGAUUUGAUGGUGGAAGCUACACCAAGACGAGUAUUCUCAAAUGCACACACAUAUCAUAUCAACUCGAUAUCUGUGAACAGUGACUAUGAAACCUAUAUGUCAGCGGAUGAUCUGAGGAUAAACUUGUGGAACCUUGAAAUAACCAAUAGAAGCUUUAAUAUUGUAGACAUAAAACCAACCAACAUGGAAGAGUUGACAGAAGUAAUUACAGCAGCAGAGUUUCAUCCGCAUCACUGCAACACAUUUGUAUACAGCAGCAGUAAGGGAACGAUACGACUAUGCGAUAUGCGAUCUUCUGCCUUGUGUGACAAGCACUCAAAAUUAUUUGAAGAACCUGAAGAUCCAAGUAACAGAUCAUUUUUCUCUGAGAUUAUCUCUUCUAUUUCUGAUGUGAAGUUUAACCACAGUGGCCGGUAUAUUAUGACCAGAGAUUAUCUCACUGUCAAAGUGUGGGAUCUGAACAUGGAAAACAGGCCAAUAGAGACAUACCAGGUUCAUGAUUACCUCCGAAGCAAGCUGUGCUCCCUCUAUGAGAAUGAUUGCAUUUUUGACAAAUUUGAAUGUGUAUGGAAUGGCUCAGAUAGUGUCAUAAUGACCGGGUCAUACAAUAAUUUCUUCAGAAUGUUUGACCGAAAUACCAAGCGUGAUGUUACAUUGGAAGCCUCCAGAGAAAAUAGCAAGCCUCGAGCAAUUCUCAAACCACGUAAAGUCUGCGUUGGAGGGAAGAGAAGAAAAGAUGAAAUUAGUGUGGACAGUUUGGACUUUAGCAAAAAAAUUCUCCACACAGCCUGGCACCCUUCAGAAAACAUCAUAGCAGUGGCAGCUACAAAUAACCUGUAUAUAUUCCAGGACAAGGUCAACUAGAUGGCUGUUGCAAAAAGAAUAGGCACGAUGUGUUCUAAGGCUUUUUAAUAUUAUUUUUUUCUCUUCCCUUUUUUCUAACAUAUUUUGUUAAUUUAUUUAUAUUUGGAUCACCAAGAUCUUCCUCUGCUGAAGUAUAGCUAAACAAACAGUUCUGUUUAAUUCCCCAAAUAUUCCAACUGAUAUUAAGACUUUUUUGUUGGCCAUCUUACCUGCUUCAAGGUUUUAUAACAUACUCUUUUGCAGUUGGUUAAAGGCCUUUCCUGCUGUUUGAAGGUAUAAGCAAGAAGCUUUGGAGAAACCAAAUGUGGGCAUCAAUAAUAUUUCUUUUUAACUGAUAAUUGAAUUUUUAAUAAAAUAUGACCAUUUAA